AGAUGGCGGAGUCGGAGGAGGAGGUGGACGUAUUGGUCCAGAGAGUUGUCAAAGACAUCACUAACGCCUUCAAAAGAAACCCCAACAUCUUCAGCAGCGUCCACAGAAGGAGCUCAAACUGUCCCACCGACAUCCAAACCGGCUGUGGAAGAUGAGCUGUGAUGAGAUUGGUGUGAUCCCGUGUCCAGAGGCCCGCUACAACCGCAGUCCCAUUGUGUUGGUGGAGAACAAGCUGGGUGUUGAGAGCUGGUGUGUCAAGUUCCUGCUGCCGUAUGUCCACAACAAGCUGCUGCUCUACCGCCAGCGCAAACACUGGCUGGAGAGGGAAGCUUUAGCGGAUAUCACUUGCACUCUGUUGCUGCUUAACCCGGACUUCACCACUGCAUGGAAUGUCAGGAAGGAGCUACUGCAGUGCGGAGUUCUUAACCCAGAGAAGGACCUCUAUCUGGGCAAGCUGGCCCUCACCAAAUUCCCCAAGAGCCCUGAGACUUGGAUACACCGACGCUGGGUGCUGCAGCAGAUCCUGCGUCAGUGCUCUGCUAUGGGCCGGAAGCAUCAGCAGGGUGAAGCGGAGCAGGCCGAUGCGGAGAGGAGCCAGCAGCUCAGUGACCAUCUGGCCAGGACCCUCCAUCAAGAGAUGAAGGUGUGCUCGGACGCUGCCUGCCGCUAUCCCAGCAACUACAACGCCUGGUCCCACCGCAUCUGGGUGCUGCAGCACAUGGCCAAGGGCAACGUCAAGGUGUUCCAUGAUGAGCUGUCGUCGAUGCGCCUCUGGGUGUCCAUGCAUGUGUCUGACCACAGCGGAUUUCACUACCGCCAGUUCCUGCUUAAGGAGCUGAUCACGGAGCUCUCCCAGACUCCAGCUUCCACCCCCCCCAGUUCGCCCCAGCGCCGGCACAGCCAAGUCCCUGACAGCAGCCCCCCCCCACCCAGCCAGGGCCCAGCCAACGGGGAGCUGUCGGGGGCGGAGGCCGCAGCAGAGGAGGACAGGCAGCUACUUCAACUCUUCCACCAGGAGGUGGAGUUGUGCUCAGACCUGAUCCAGUCCUUCCCUGGUCACGAGACACUCUGGAGUCACAGGCGCCAUGUCUUCUACCUGUGGCACCACUGGAGGACGGAGCACCAGCACCACCGCAGCAGCAAUGGAGGCAACGCGUCGGUCCGCCUUAACAACAGUGACCCCACGCUGGCCGAGGUCGGUGCUCAAAGCUGCGCCGGCAGGGGGGAGAGUGUGAACGGACAGGGGCAUGCUAGUGACGCUAUGGAGGUGGACGGGGCGUCCUUGCCUGACCCGCGGGACAGCAAGCGACUGAAGAGAGGCGCCCUGCUGCCAGGCCCCCCCGCCCUGCCCUCUGAGCACAGCUUUGUGAGCGGUGUCCUGGACAGCUGCGGGAACCCCGAGCAGAGACGUUUCGCCCUGGCAUACAGGAAGUGGUUAGACACUGUCAUUGAUCAGCAGCCUUGAGAGAGAACCGUUAGCCCACCAAUCUCUCUCAACAUUGAAGUUGCCUUUAGACACAGAUUUAGGAUCAGCUUCCCUACCUGUAGCGCUGACUUUAACCAAUAGUGAUUCAGAUGCAGUGAUGACUUUAGAAACCAGUCCCAGGGCAGCUCCUGACAGUGGGGAGGGAGGGUAAGGAGGUUUUAACGACAUCCUGUCUGUUCUUCCUCUGAAACAUCUGGAUUCUCCUGAGCUUGAUCUGAGCCAGUACCCCUUCAGAACGGAAAUCUGCGCACACGGUUGGCUCGCUAUGGGUCUGUUGGUAGAUUCUCUUCUUAUUCAAGAUUUCUCCGUGCCUCAGGUCCAAUUGCCACUGCUUUUGUUUUUUAGUGCCAGUUUGGCAUUUAUCUGCACAUAUUACUUUGUCUGUUCAAAUAUUUCAGCAAAGAAACUAAAUGAAUCGCAUGUGUUGGGCCUGAUUGGUUGGAAUGCCAAAAUAGCCAGUACUAUAUAAAUGAAUAAGCCAUUAAAUAAUAAUAUGAAAUGAGUAAUCAUAUGACUAAAAAGAGUAGGAUAUAUACAUGACCCAAUAAAUUGUAACAAAAUACAAAACAUUGUUAAAACUUCAUUUAUUUAUUUUUAAUUAUCAUAAAGUGUUUUUUUAUCCAUAUAUUCACAGUAACUGUUUUAUUGGAGUUUUGUUUCAAACAUUCUCGCUUUACAAAAGUCUGAUUUCUCAAGCUGAGGGGGGCGGGGAGUGGAAACAGGAAAAUGAGAUCAAAAAAUAAUUGAAUAAGAGGCAUUUUCAGCUAUAAUGUAGGGGAAAUGAAUUUCAAUACAACUGGUCACUAUGCAAGUAAUGAAAUAUAUAAUUUCACAAUUACAUUUUAUUUAUUCAUGUUUGUUUUUAAUUUGAUUGGCCUUUUUGGAGUUAAUGAACCCUUUAUUAGAUUAGAAUGGAAUGACAGUGGCUCUGAUUGAAUCCCAUUGGUCUUUAAUGAUUGGUUGAAAUGCCCUCAGCCCUCCCGUGUUGCAGAGGCAGGUGUUAAGCACAGCCAGAUUCCCGUUCUUCUUUCAACUUCUAUAGAUUUCCAUUCUGAAGGUGGUGACAUUUAUUAACCAUGUCAUUUUUUUUCUCCGUCUUGUGUUGGUCCUUGGUUGCUGCUCCUGCUCCAUGUUACUGGUGAAUAUUGUCAGUAUGUCCUAACUAUGUAGCUAAGCGCUAAGUUACAGUAGCUUGCAACAGAAAGCCAAAAAGCUAGUUGUUAGCUAAAUAACAGGUUAUAUAUGUUGUAUAAAAAUAACAGGUUACGUUGCUAACUUGCAAGUCUUACCUUCUGACAACCUGAAGCACUAAAUCUAUAGGCAGAGAAAUGUUAGCUUUAGCAGUUUAGCGGUAUUGAUGUUUGACUCUGAAGGAUAGCGUGCUAGGGGAGUGACCCCCCCCCCGACAUUCACUGGUGCUACAUGCUGCCAUUUCUACAACUACUUCCUCUGUUACAGGUGUGUAGUGUUCAACAGGUGAAAACUGAACAGCACUUUGGACUAAUUGAUGAUACUAUUUGUGGGGUAUUAUUGCUAAACUAUUUUUGAAAUAUUGUCUGUUAUUUUGCACCAGGCUAGUUAACCGUAGCCCUAGCUGCUUUAUGUCACUACCUUGUACAAAAAUAGAGGUAACCUCAAAAAGGUCAGUCUACAUUCUGUCUAGAAUAACUUCUAGCACUCCUUUUUAAAAAUUGUAACAUGCUAUAUCUGCACAGUCCAUCCCUUCAAUGAUGUGGAAACUAAAAAAAGAUAGCUCCUCCCACCACAUUGUCUCAUUCUAUAUUAAUAAGGGAAGAAUGGUAUUCUUGAAUUUGAAUCUACACCAAUCUGAAGUCACCUGCGUAUUCCAGAUAGUUGCUUAGAAAAUGCAUACAGGACUGCAGUUUGAAUAGGAUCCAUCGUUCUGUUGCCCGACAAUGUUAGAAGUUGUUGAGGGUUGUCAAUGACACUAUCAGCACACAAGUGAACAAAUGCACACAUUUACACAGAUGAUGUUGUUCCAUCAGUGUAGCCAUGGGCACAUUGGCAUUCACUAUAUGCACUAUGUGGUCACAUCUAAAUGGCGUUCCAGUGGGCCCUUGAUGCAGUUUGGGUGCCAUCACCUAUUUAUGUCGAGGUUCCAUUGGAUUGCUUACAUUGGCUCGUUCUUGAAGUGCACAGGCUGGCUAGCCAAAAUGGCCUAGCUCCCCAUUACACUGUCUCCAUGUGCUUCCAUGUAACCCUUAGCUUCUCUUAGAAACUACAAUGUCAGAGUUAUGAAGUCUAGAUGCUCUGUCACCUCAAAUCACUGUGUACAGGAUCAUAGAU